UCCGCGGCUCCCAUGAGUGCGCCUCCGCUCAUCCGCGCGCCCAGCCCGCUGGCGGCGUCUUGCGUGGCGGGGGGCGUGAUCUCCUUCCACAUCCAGAUCGGCUUGAGCCGCGAGGCGGUCCUGCUGGACUCGGCGGACCUGAGCCUGGCCCAGGUCCGGGAGGCUGCCUGCUCCAUCGUGGACCACAAGCUUCCCGAGUGUGGAUUUUACGGGAUGUACGAGAAGAUCCUGCUGUUCCGCCAUGACUCCAGCUCAGAGAACAUGUUGCAGCUGCUGCGCUCGGCCUCACAGAUCCAGGAGGGAGACCUGCUGGAGGCCGUCUUGUCAGCUUCGACCACGGUGGAGGACUUCCAGAUCCGCCCUCAUUGCCUAUUCGUGCACUCGUACCGCGCGCCAAAUUUCUGCGACCACUGCGGCGAGAUGCUGUGGGGGUUGGUGCGGCAGGGCCUCAAAUGUGAAGGCUGCGGACUGAACUACCACAAGCGGUGUGCCUUCAAAAUCCCAAACAACUGCAGCGGCGUGAGGAGGCGACGCCCGUCCAACGUCUCGCUGACAGCCGGGAUGGUCACCAUGCCCCGCCCCCUAUCUGCCGAGCCCUCUCCCCCCCACUACAGCGAUGACGCGUUGCUGUCGCCCGUCAGUCCCAACAUGGAGAAGGACUACUUCCCCGGCCGAGAGCGGCGCUCCAGCUCGCAGUCGUACAUUGGCCGGCCCAUCGAGUUGGACAAGCUGCUGCUGUCCAAAGUGAAAGUCCCUCACACCUUCCUCAUCCACUCCUACACCCGACCCACCGUCUGCCAGCACUGCAAAAAGCUGCUCAAAGGCCUCUUCAGGCAGGGCCUGCAGUGCAAAGAUUGUAGGUUGAACUGCCACAAACGUUGUGCUGCCAAGGUGCCAAACAACUGUCUGGGCGAAAACGGAGAGCUGCUGAGCCCGGGGGCGGACUUCGACGCGGUCACCUUGGAGGGUUGCCUCGACGAGCACGACCAAGGCGGCGGACUUCUGGACGACAUGGACGAAAUGUUGAUGUCUGAAGGGAGUCUCCUGGAGGCUGGGGCGGGUGAACUCAACGAACUGCAGGACCCUGAUCUGGAUGAGUCCAACCGGGCCAUCAGCCCGUCCACCAGUAACAACAUCCCCCUGAUGCGGGUGGUCCAGUCGGUCAAACACACCAAGAGGAAGAACAGCAGCGUGAUGAAGGAGGGCUGGAUGGUCCACUUCACCAGCAAAGACACCUUGAGGAAGAGACACUACUGGCGCCUGGACAGUAAAUGCAUCACGUUGUACCAGAACGACACCGGAAGUAAAUAUUACAAGGAGAUCCCGUUGGCAGAGAUCUUGUCCCUGGAACCCGCCCAGACGCUAACGCUGCUACCUGACGGCGCCAACCCGCAUUGCUUCGAGAUGGCCACCACCUCGCUGGUGUACUACGUGGGAGAAAACAUGCAGAGGGACGACUCCGCCAUGCGGGACACCAACGUGCUGGUGAGCGGCGCAGGUCAGGACGUGUCUCGGAUGUGGGAGAUGGCCAUCCAGCAUGCGCUCAUGCCCGCCGUCUCCACCGGGGUGUCCCAGGGUUGCCGUGGUGACGGACACAAGGACAUCUCCCUCAGCUUCUCUGUGUCCAACAGACACAUCCAGGAGAACGUGGACAUCAAUUCGGUCUAUCAGAUCUUCCCAGACGAGGUCCUAGGAUCAGGACAGUUUGGGAUUGUCUACGGAGGCAAGCACAGGAAGUCCAGCCGUGACGUGGCCAUAAAGAUCAUAGACAAACUUCGCUUUCCCACCAAACAAGAGAGUCAGCUGCGUAACGAGGUGGCCAUCUUGCAGAACCUGCACCACCCGGGCGUGGUCAACCUGGAAUGUAUGUUUGAGACGCCCGAGCGGGUCUUUGUGGUCAUGGAGAAGCUCCACGGAGACAUGCUGGAGAUGAUCCUGUCCAGCGAGAAAGGCAGACUCCCCGAGCGCAUCACCAAGUUCUUGGUGACUCAGAUCCUGGUGGCUCUGCGUCACCUCCACUUCAAGAACAUCGUCCACUGCGACCUCAAACCCGAAAACGUCUUGCUGGCGUCUGCGGACCCACUCCCACAGGUGAAGCUCUGCGACUUCGGAUUCGCUCGCAUCAUCGGCGAGAAGUCCUUCCGCCGCUCGGUGGUCGGCACACCGGCAUACCUGGCACCCGAGGUCCUCAGGAACAAAGGCUACAACCGCUCGCUGGACAUGUGGUCGGUGGGCGUCAUCAUCUACGUCAGCCUCAGCGGGACUUUCCCCUUUAACGAAGACGAGGACAUCAACGACCAGAUCCAGAACGCCGCCUUCAUGUACCCGCCACACCCCUGGAAAAAAGUUUCCCAGGAAGCCAUGGACCUGAUCAACAACCUGCUGCAGGUCAAGAUGAGGAAGCGCUACAGCGUGGACAAGACGCUCAGCCACCCCUGGCUGCAGGACUACCAGAUGUGGUUGGACCUGCGCAGCCUGGAGGGCCGCGUGGACGAGCGCUACGUGACGCACGAGAGCGACGACCUGCGCUGGCGUCGUCACGCUCAGCUCGGCAGCGGCCCCGCCUACCUCGGCGACGGUCGGGGGGCGGAGCUCUACGGGGAGUGGAAGGAGGAGCUUGAGACGCUGAGCGAGCGAGUCAGCGAACUCUGAGCGACCAAAGACGACAUGGAAUCAUUAUUAUUAUUAUUAUUGUUAUUAUUAUGAUUAUUAUUAUUGUUGAUAUUAUUAUUAUUAUUGUUGAUAUUAUUAUUAAUAUUAUUAUUAUUAAUAUUAUUAUUAUUAUUAUUAUUAUUAUUAUUGUUAAUAUUAUUAUUAUACAAAUGUUAUUUUACGACGUUGUUUAGAGUUGGCGAGGC